AUGGAUAUGUACGAGAACGUUCUCUCGAUUGGGAGGGGAGCAAGUUCAGUUGUGUUUCUUAUGAAACACAAAGAAUCCAAGAAGUUGUGUGCCGUCAAAAGGAUACAGAUUGUCAACUCUCGAAAAAGCAGGACCAAAGAGGCUGUUCUGCAAGAAGCUGAAAUAUUGAGGAAACUCAAACACCCGCACAUUGUUGCGUGCAACAAUACUUUCUUUGACCAAAAAGAUGAAGUAAUCUUUAUUGUGAUGGAUUAUUGUGACGGCGGGACAUUGGAUGAUCGGGUCAAGGAUAGAAAGGAGGAAGAAUAUUUUACAGAACACGUCGUCAUGGGUUGGUUUGUACAGGUCGCCAUGGCGGUGAAUUACAUACAUUCUACAAAAAUCCUUCACAGGGACAUUAAGACCUCCAACGUCUUUUUAACAAAAAGAGGAGUGGUGAAACUGGGGGAUUUUGGAAUAUCAAAAGUAAUGAAAAACACACUGGAUAUGGCCAGCACUUGUGUUGGAACGCCAAGCUACAUGAGUCCAGAACUUUGUCAGGACGUCCCAUAUAGCUCCAAAUCUGACAUAUGGGCCCUUGGAUGCUUGCUGUUUGAGAUAUGUGCUCUCAGACCACCUUUUGAUGCUAAGAACCUCAUUAGUUUGUUUUACAAGAUUGUCAAAGGGGAAUAUGGCAAAGUCCCAGAGGUGUACUCUGAAAAUCUGCUCAUUUUGAUUAAAAAGAUGCUUUCCUUAAGUCCAGAAGACCGUCCCAGUGCUAGUGGCAUCCUGAACAUGGUUUACGUGCAAGAGCACCUUGGAGAGUUCAUUAGGCAGCAAGAGACCCAGCUGACAAAAUGCAACUCUGUUUCCAGACAUGGAUCCAAAAGUGACGGCAUCAGUAGGGAUAUGCCUGCUGUGGGACAUUGGACCAGGACCAUGGAUGUCCUGCAGAGCGAUGGGAGAGAGGAAGAUGGCAGCGAAGAUGGGAAAUCUGACUACUCUGAAGAUUUUGAGGAGCAGGACAGCUUGUCUUCCAUAGAGGAGAAUAUUGUCGGUGAGGCCUCGGCUAUGGUCAGUGUUCACAGUGGGGAAGUGUCAGAAGAACUGGAAGCUACUCGAGACGAGGUGGACCUGAGUGAGUAUCCUGACGACUUUGAGGAGCCUGAUGACGAGGUCCUGGCAGAGGUGGUGUGCAGCGCCAAGAGUGCCAUGGAGGUGACAGCGGAGGAUGACAUGUUCGAGGAGGAGGCACAGCAGAGGGAAGGUGGUGGAUUGUCUGCCACUAUAAAAACCCUGCGAGAGAAGUGUGUGGAGGAUGUUGGACACACACUAUAUGAAGAGAUCAGUUCACACUUCCUUAAUGGUCUUACUCCAGAUGACUUGCAACCACACUUCAAACAUCGGUUGGGUCCAGACCACCUCGAAACCUGCUAUCUCAUAUUCAAUAUUGACAAAGAAGCACCAUAA